AUAGAUAAGUUCCAUAGAUAAAAAUUUCCAAUAUUACAGGAAGUGGGAUUUGCGAUACCAUCAUAACGAAUGUGGUCAUUUAUUUGUUUAAUUUCAUUAUUUGUAAUUUGUGUUCAAUCUGUUUGUAAACUACCGACAGAUGAAAAUGUGAAACACUUGGACAUACGAAUUCCAGAACAACCUGUACCACAGAAGUUAACGCAUUAUGUUUGUCAACAAUUCAAGGUACCAGACGAUCAAGAUUACAAUGCAAUCGCCUUCGAAGGACUGAUAGCUAACCCUGGAGUUGUUCACCACGUACUCGUGUUUGGCUGUGACUUUGACGUCGAUAUAUUUGAACCACAUGAAUGUGGAACUUAUGAUGGCAGAUGUAGAAGCUGGUUGGCUCAGUGGACAAUAGGGGUUUAUGGGAAGACUUGUACGUAUCCUGAUACUGGUAUCCGGUUCGGAAAGAACUCUUACAAGUACAUGUCUAUACAAAUCCACUGGAAUAAUUACAACUUGGAUUCGAAUCUAACAGAUAACUCUGGUAUAAGACUUCAUUAUACAGACAAGCUAAGGAAAAAUGAAGUUGGAAACGUGCAGAUUGGACAAAACGACCUUGAAAUCCCUGUUCGGAGUGACCAUUUUCUAAAGAACGGAAGUUGUAGUGAGACAUGUACACAGCGCAUGCUUCCUCAUCCAAUUUAUCUAACAAAAACUUAUAUCCAUAUGCACAACUUAGGAGUUGCAGGAAAGUUUGAAAUAUAUCGUAAUGGACGACUGAUCCGAGAAAUAGCUCAUGAUUCUGUAUACAACUAUCACAAGUCUCCAAUACACUUCCAUGAUCCACCAGUUGAAGUACGACCAGGUGAUGAAGUAAAACUAUCCUGUUGGUUUACUUCCGGUGAUAAGAACCAUACGAUAUAUUGGGGAGAAGGAUCUGAUGCAGAAAUGUGUUACGCAUUUGUUUCAUACUACCCAAAAGUUAAAGGAUUUGACCAAUGCAUUCAGUUUGAUGAAUACGAUGUUAACUGCAAUGUCGACGGAGAGCUUUAUAUGGGUGGAUGUACAAUGGAAAUGUUUGAAUCAGACUUACAGACAGACUUGAUACAGGAUAUACAGAAGACAUGUAAAGCAGACGACAUGUGCGUCACUUCCUGUUCAGCGGCCAUCCAGACUUUAACUGAACAUCCAUGCUUCAACGGACGAUUUAAAGACUACUCAGUAAGGUUAUUUCCACCUAAAAUCCCCGGUUGGAAUGCUGUAAUGGACUUGUUAGAAAGACACUACAAGUCUUGCUCCUAAUAAACCAAUCACACUCUUUGA